ACUGCCGUACUAUACAGGUAGCGAUGUGAAUUGUACCAAUGCAGCAGAGGCUUCGACAACUGUAGACUACAAAAUAAGAUGUGAUAUUCGUUGAGAUAAGAAAUAGUCAUGCAAUUCAAGAACACACCUCUUAUGUCAGCACUUUAACCACGAGUCCAGUGGAUUCGUGCUUUAUCUAGGGCCCAUCACCACUGUCUGUGAGGUUAGGGGCAAGAUGUGGGGAGAAGUUGGAGGGGCACUGGUGUUGUUGCUGCUGCUUUCUGAAGUCUUGGACUGCAUUGGUAUCUCUCCCCCAGGGAAACCUGUGCUCAUCAACUGUCGAUCCCCUGAGAAGGAGACCUUUACAUGCCGGUGGGAGCCUGGUUUUGAUGGAGGACUACCCACAACCCAGCACCUCUACUACCAGAAAGAAGACUCCGAUGGAAUGUACGAGUGUCCAGAUUACCAAACUGCAGGGAGCAACUCGUGCUUCUUCAACAAGAGCCACACCUCUAUAUGGGUCAACUACAACAUCACGGUGGUGGCCAUCAACUCUCUGGGCAUCACUGUCUCUGACCCACUGGAGGUGGAUGUCAUGUAUAUUGUCCAGCCCAAUGCCCCAGAGAAUGUGACAGUGUCUGUGGUGGAGACUGAGGAGAGCCCACACCUCCUGGUGAAAUGGGAUCCCCCUCACGAGGCCGACACACGCUCUGGCUGGAUCACUCUCACCUACCAACUACGGGUGAAACGACAGAAUAAGAAGGACAAGUGGGAGGAGUAUGCCUCAGGGAAGCAGACCCAGUUGAUCAUCUACAGUCUGCAUCCAGGAGAGGUCUACAUGGUCCAGGUUCGCUGUGAACUAGACCAUAGCCUCUGGAGCGAGUGGAGCACCACUACACACACGGAGGUCCCUGACUACACUCUGAAGGAGCGAUCGAUCUGGAUUGUGGUCGCCGUCUUUUCUGCUUUUAUACUCCUGCUUGUUACCUUCACCCUGGCUAUGAAGAGAAAAUAUGUGAAGCUUUGUCUUCUGCCUCCUGUUCCUGGUCCAAAGAUAUCAGGACUAGAUACACAACUCCUCAAGAGUGGGCGGUCUGAUGACAUUCUCAGCUCUCUGAUCAACCAGGGCUUUCCUCCCACCAUGGCCACUAAGGACCAGCAGGUGGACUAUCUGCUGGUGUUUGAUAGUGAACAGGUGACACCAGAUCUUCAGAAUGGACAAACAAGGACAAAAAACUCCAUAGAUCAUGGUCGCCAUGACCACAGCCUGUUGAUGGAGGCUAAGAAUAAGGAAGUAAAAGUUGAUGGCGGCAGAGAGACAGUGGAACAGGGUAAUACUGAGGGGCUUGAAUCUACGUUUAGGAAUACCAAGAGCCUGUCCACUGACGUUACAGCUCAUCCAUGUCCUCAGAAGAAGCCAUUCAACAAUGUUACUGAAACGCCAAAGCAAGCACCUGUUUCCAGCAAGCAUCGAUCCUUAAGCCAUCAUAAAGAUCUCUGGGACAGCUUAGCCAGACAACAUCUAGACUACAGGGAAACAGUGGUCAAGAGCCAAUCAAACUGUGAUGACAAACAUAAUUUGUCAUCACAGAAUAUUGUGACUCCCUCGAAGGACAUUGGUUAUGUGGAAGUUCAGAGGUGGAAAAAGAGCAUAGGCCUACAGGUGCUGGUACCCGAGGUGGAUCAGAGGCAGGAGGACUAUAGCAAAGUGAGUGUGGUGGAGAAUGAUAAUGUAGUGCUGCUCAAGAGAGAAACGGUCCCCCUCAAUUGCACUUCCUGUAAGGUGAGAGGCAAUCAAUCAGAGAAAUGUCUCCACCAGAAGCCAUGUAAACCUCAUAUAACAGUGCCUGCAAAAGAGGGAGUGCAUAUAGGAUCUAAUGGUUAUGUGGAGCCUGUUACUAUAUCACACAUUUUGUAAAACGUCAUUUUGUCUGAAAUGACAUUUGGGACAUUGCAAUGAAACAAAUGAAAAAAUAAAUACUCAGGAUAGAUUGUGACAUUUUCACUGACAAGAGAAUUGACUAUAAUGUCAUGUUCCUCAGGAUAUAGGUUUUUGUAUGUACUGUAUACAGUGACCGGAUAAAUAUGGUAUUUUCUGAUUAGUAAUUAUUGUAUGUCUUGAGAUUAAAACACUGGCCACAAGUUACACACAAGAAAGCGUAACAAGGAAACUCACUUAACGAAAACAUUCCAUAUUCAAGAGUCAAGACAAUUGAUGAAUGUUGAAUGAGAUUUUUCAUUGUAAUUGCUUAAAGAAGAAUAACUGAUUUUUUUGUACAGCUUUGAUCAUUUUGAUUUGGGGGCAGUUUUACUGCAUUGACACUACAGUCACAUUCAAAAUGAUGCAUCAGAAGAAAUACAAUUUAAAUACAAACAAUGAAUG